CGGGGUUUCGUAGAUUUACGGCAAACGCGAAUUUUAAGCACUGAACGAACAACAUUCCUCGUACACCGUCGCGGCUUCCGUGAAGGGAGCGCACAAACUAACCUAAAAAUUGCAAGACAACAGCAACCGGGUCGGGUCGCUUGGUUGCCGUUGUGCCCGCUUAAAACCAGACAAAAUCUUAUCCAGAACAUCACAGUAGACACAUUGUCUACCCGUUCGUUGAAACUAGCGUUUAAGGGUAUGUGUGCGUUUGUGCUGUGAAGUGAUGCUGAUAGUAGCAUUUGGUGGGAUAAAGACCGAAGCGCCACCAUUCCCACGAAUGCGUCGAAAGUAAAGUUAGACCAGCAGGAACAACCGCUCUUUCCGUGUGCUAAGUGUGUUAAGAGUAUCGCAGAAGAUCGGUCAUUGGAACGUUUUGUCUUUGUUCCGAGGUAGCUGAGAUUCGCCGUCCCGGCACCCACCUAGUUUUCAUUCUUGCGUGCCCCUUCGCAUCAGUUUCGUUUGCUCAGCGUCUAAGUAGGCAUCGAUAGAACGGAGUAUCGGUCAUCACCACCCGGCCGGCAACAUGAUGGAGGUCGGCGAGAGCCAGAGCGUGCUGCAAUCGGUACUGGCCGCCGAGGAGCUGGUGGCCAUUCCGGAGGUCUCGCUCAAGAAGAUUGAAGCACUGUACGAACAAAGGUUCGAAGAAUUCCUCACCGCUAAGGCUUUGUGCGAGACGAAAAAAUCGGAACUAGAAUCCCAAAAAGAAAGCUACGAAAACCAGAUAGAACAGCUGUCGCUCAAGGUGAAGGAUGAAUCGGCCAAAUUCCAUUUCACGCAGCAAAGUGUCAAGGAGUUGCAGAUUGAGCUGGAGGAUGUUAAGCAGGAGCUGGUACGGGCAAAAGAAAAGCUUGCCCAGUAUGAGCAGGAGUCCGGUCGGUACCGGCAGGAGCGCAACGAGGCCGUCGAUGAACGGGACACGCUGCUCAGUGCCGUCGAACGCAAAACGCUCGAGGUGGAGCGCCUCCAAGCGGACGUGGUAUCGCUCGAACACAAGCUCAAAUCUGCCAACGAUGCCAAGUGUACGGCGCUGGCCAAACUGGACGAGCUCGAUGGCAAAGAGUACGCGCUAGAGUUCAAGGAAAAGCGAAUGGAGCGUGAGCUAGCACUACGUGACAGCCAGAUCGCAAAGCUGACGGAAGACUUGGAGCGCGCAAUGCAUGAUCUACAGGCGGUACGGCGCGAUCAAAACGUACGCUCGCUAACCGUGGAAGCCAAACUGUCGGAAAAGAUCGAAGAGCUAAAGAUUGCGAACCAAACGAUCGCGCACUUGUCCGAGCGCGACGCGGCCCUCUCGAAGAAGGUGGAGGAGCUCACGAUGAAGCUUCUCGCUCAGCAGGAGGACACAUCGAAGAUGAUGGAGCAGUACCAGAAACAGCUCAUGUCCGAGAGCAACUUGAACAAUCUGUUGCAGCAGGAUAAGAGCGACCAUAUGCGGCAGACCGAGGAGCUCGAGCGGGCCGCCAGUGAGCUGCGUAGCCUGUUGAAUGAGGCCACCGAGCAGUACGGUAAGCUGGAGACGGAAAAGAAGCGGCUCGAGGAGAAGCACGACGAGGAUCUGGCGGCCAAGGAUCGCGUCAUCCAGGAGCAGCAGGAUGAACUGAAACACGCCAACCAGCUGCUCGAAGAGGCCCGCGUCGAAAGUCUCGAGCACGCGGUGGAGAAACUGGCCCCAUCGGCUGCCGCCACCAGUCGUAUGCUCAAAUCCGGCAUGUCCCUGACGCAGGUAUACUCCAAGUUCGUGCAAGCGUCGGAAGAAUUGAUCGAGACGCGAAAGGAUAAUGACAAGCUGCGGCUACAGAUGAGCAAUAUUUUGGCUGAGGUCGAGUGUUCGGCUCCGAAGAUCACCCAUGUCGAGCGGCUCUGCAGGAACUUGAAGGACCAGAACGAGGAGCUAAACUCACAGCUAGCGGUACUGAUCAACGAGAAUGGCGAGUUGAAAUCGGAACUGAAGCAAAUGUGGGAAAAGCUGCGGAACGCAUCGGCCGAAAAUGAUAAGCUGCAGAAGACACGCUCCGAUCUCAGCCGACAGGUGUGCUCUCUGCUGGAGGAAACCACCCGCCUGUCAACCGGCGGUCGAUCGCAGACGGACGAAUCGCUUACCAGUAACCUUUUGAACGAGGGCGUUACGCGUAAGCGCAUCACGUACAGAAACAUCGAAGAACUGCAGGCGAACAAUGCCGAUCUGAUCAUGACGCUGCAUGAGCUGAACGCGCGGCUAAAGAUCGCUGAGGGGCGCAAGGAUACGUCCGAACUGGAGGCGCAGCUGCACGCACGCGAAGAGAUGCUGCGCGAACAGCAGCAGAAGAUCCAGGAGCUGGAGAAGAUUCUGCACAUCUGCAAGAUCCAGCGUGAUCGUUAUUUGGCUCGCAGCAGAUUCAGUGCCCCACCGGGCACGGGUAUGCCGGUGAACGGUGAAAUGGACGAGUCACUGGACGUGGGCGAACGUGGUGCUGUUUCG